UCGACUUCCCAGCAAUCAGUGCGGUACACUCGCCUGAACGGACAAAGGGGACUGAAGGGAGGUGUCUGACAAGUGGCGUUGGAUUUGUCCCCAAAACAGCACAGUUUUAAACAUAAAAUGUCACUACCUUCGAAGAAGAGAAAGUUUGAUCGUACUACACAGGACAAGCUUUACUUCGAAAGCUAUUCCGACGUCACGAUUCACGAGGAAAUGCUUGCAGAUAAAGUCCGGACCAAUUCCUACAGGUUGGGCAUUUUAAGGAACUAUAAAUCGAUUAGGGGUAAAGUUGUGCUCGACGUGGGAGCCGGCACGGGAGUGCUAAGUGUGUUUUGUGUGCAGGCAGGGGCUAAACGGGUCUACGCGGUGGAGGCGAGCUCGAUUGCCGAGCAAGCGAAAAAAAUCGUGAAGCUGAAUAAGAUGGAAGAUGCGAUCACAGUCGUGCAUGGCACGGUGGAGACCAUUGAGCUGCCCGAAAGCGUGGACGUAAUAGUUAGUGAGUGGAUGGGCUACGCGCUGAUGCACGAGUCUAUGCUGCAUUCCGUGCUGUUUGCGCGAGAUAAGUGGCUGAAGUCUGGCGGCCUCAUCUUACCCUCCCAGGCCGAGCUCUACAUCGCUCCCAUUAACGAAGCAGUAGCCGAGGACCGCCUGAAUUUCUGGUACACCGUGAAAGAGCAGUACGACGUGGAUAUGACGUGCAUGUUCGAUUUUGCGAGGAAGUGCAUCAUGAAUAACGAGAUCGUUGUUAACAGCGUCUCUGUGGAAGACGUGCUCUCCCACCCGGCGAAAUUCGCAGAGCUCGAUCUGUACAAGGCUACCACGGAGCAAGUAAAACGCGUCAGCGGCGCCUUCAGCUUUGAGUGCUUCGGCUCCUCCUCCGUGAACGCCUUCUGCCUCUGGUUCUCGGUUACGUUCCAAGGCGAAGACAAGCCUUUAGUGUUAAGCACAUCUCCAUUUAAACAGGAAACUCAUUGGAAACAAUCCAUCCUGUAUCUGGACGAGCCCGUGGAUGUUGUUCAAGACACUAAAAUCGUGGGAGAAAUCACACUGUCUCCCUCAGAAAAAAGCCCGAGGCAUAUUUGCGCGCACUUGGACUGUACUAUAGGAGAGCAGAAAAUGAAAUCUAAGACUUUUAAGUUGGGUGAAAGUUAUUCUGAUGAAUAAUGAAGAUUAGUGUGAGCUAGCUGUGGAACGCCCCCACCCCCAUGCCAUCAACAAAUUCAUUUAUUUAAACGCUCAAAAGGACCUCAGUUCAUGAAAAUAAAAGGCUUGCAACCAAGAUCACCCUGAAUGAAAUGUGGUUUCCCAUUUCUCAGCCUAUUAAUGCAAAAUAUGGUGCCCUUGAGCAGGAGGGACUUGCAAGCUCCCUUCCAGCUGCAUUUGUGUGAGAUGUUGCAUUGUUUGACGCACGUUUGGUCUGCCUGUAGGCAUUCAGCUUUACUCCCUUCCAUGUUAUGAGAAAAAUUGAGUUGUGCAUCCUAUAUAUUCCAUUUUUUUAAAAGAAUAAUAAAGAUUGGCUUUACAGUAAUGGUCUCAGUGCACAUGUGAUUGUCUAGAAUUGGACAUUAUGUUUAUUAAAAUCUGCACUGAGACAAAAUUUUAGCAGUUCUUAUCAUUCAGUAGGAAUAAAAAAAUUCAGAAGUGUUUAUAAUUGUUUCCCACAUUUAUGUUAUAUAGUUGAGCCAGAAUAGAGAAAGGCGUUCUCACUAAACAAUUUAUUUUUAGUAGUCUGUUACUUAAAAUGUACUUGAAUUUAAAAAAAAAAAAAA